AUGCCCGACAAAUGCAAAGCAUCCAUGUCUGAACCAGUGUCUAAACGUCUGCGCCUCUCGAACGAAGAUGCGAGUGAUGCCGCAUCCUCCAUGUCAUCCCAGGAGCGGCCUCGCAACAACCCCAUCUACGGGCAGAAGAGCGCAUUCCCGGGGCUAGACGAUGGCGGCGACGAGCUGUUCUACGGGUCUGCAGAUGAUGGAAUGGAGUAUUUGCGCAUGGUCCGAUCUGAAGCCAGUUCCUUGCCCUCGCUUUUUGCCGCGCCGGUCGUGGUAAGAAGUACUGGGAAUUUGGAACCCACCGCACAGAGAACAGCAGAUGCGCCCGCCCUACACAAGUUCCCAGGCGGGUUCUUUGAUGACGAGGCCUACAUCGCACCCGUGGAGGCCGAUAAGGAGCCGGUCGCCGGCCCCGAAGACAAGUUCCCGGACUCACAAAUAUCGUACUACAACCUCCUCCGACACCGAUUCCUCCUUCUCCGUUCAACCCUGCGCUGUACGCCUCCAGCGACCGCUAUCGCCGCCCUUGACGACGCUCAUCCCAUCAGUCUGCCCGAUCGAAACACAGCCGCGCGGAAAGAAUGGCGGCGUUUGCUCCUCACAGUUGACCCGCAGAUGGUACAAUUAGCUUGUUUGGACUCGGAGAGUGUGCUAAGGGUGCUGAGCAUCCUGGCCAGAGGAUUGGGCGAGAACGUACGGAGCGGGGACCGCGAUCUCGUUCGACGGAUCGGCGCAUGGGCGUGGGGGCUAUUAGGAAGAUGUCGCGAGGUUGGGGAGCUAGCUACGGAUCAAGUGGGAGAACUACGGGACCUCGGCAAACGCGCUGCGAAGAUUCUGCUUAGGAUGCAGGAGACGGAAGUCAAGCGACCUGCCGAGGACGCCGAGGCCUCUGAUUCGGAACCUGAAGGCACAGAGGAGGCUCAGCAAGAAGAGGUUGUUCAAGCCGAAGACCAAGGGGAAGACUGCAUGGAGGAAGCUGUGGGUGAGGAGGUUGAUGACAGGCCUGACGCAGAUCUGUCCGCGGCGCUGGAGGCAGCCAAGUUACGGUUACAGGCCAGGUUGCAGAGUGAGUCAGCCCCAGAAGUGACUGGCGAGAGGAGCCAAGUGGAAAUGGGAGAUUCGGUGCAGCAAGCACGGGUGCUGCUUGACAUGAUCAUCACAAUUGUAGGCGAGUUCUUUGGCCAGCGGGACCUGCUCGAUGCACGAGAGGUCUGGACCCGAGACGAAGCUUUGGAUGAGAUGUGA